UUAAACGAUCCGAUUGCCGAUUGCGGAUAUAUACAGGUUCCAUCGUUCUCUCUGGCGUCUCAGAUUCGAUAAGAAGCGAGAGAGGUUUUAAUGUCCUGCAUGAAGGCAGCGGCGAAGGCAGAAGCGGAGGCGGUGGCAGAGGCAGGGGCGGAGUCAGGGGCGGAGGCGGUGGCAGAGGCAGGGGCGGUGGCAGAGGCGGUGGCAGAGGCAGGGGCGGAGGCAGGGGCGGAGGCAGAGGCAGAGGCAGGGGCAGAGGCGGAGGCAGAGGCAGGGGCAGGGGCGGAGGGUGUUGCACCAACUCAGGUCUGGUGGGACAUAAACAGGUGUCCGCUUCCCGAUGACGUUGAUGUAGGUCGGUUCCGUCCGUGUAUAAAACGGGCGUUGGAGGAGAAAUUAGGCUACGCUGGUCCUCUCACCAUCACUGCCAUUGGCAUACUAACAGACGUCCCUCCCAACUUCUUGAAAGAAGUCUAUUCCUCUGGAAUCGGUAUUUAUCACGUCCCCCGUGAUAUCGUUGACAUUACGGCAACUAUGCUUUAUUGGAUCUGGGCGAAUCCACCUCCGGCUAAUGUAAUGCUCAUAUCUACUAGGGCAAAUUUCUCCCGUACUCUUGACGUGCUACAUGAGUAUGAAUACAACAUUGUUCGGUCACUAUCUCCAGAAGCCCCCUCCGCUUCCACUUCCACUUCCAUCUGGGAAUGCUUACUGGCAAGUUUACUGGCAGAUGAUGAUAUGGAAUCAUCAGGGGGACUAGAAGACAGGAGUAGUGAAACGGGUGAAUCUGCCUUGCGUUGUGAGCAAUGCGGUGUUACUCUCCAAGGCAUUGAAAAUUUCACCACCCACCUCAAGAGUGGAGAACAUUUACAUAAUGCGCGAUAUUACCGGAAGAAAGGCUAAGUAAAGAAGUAGAAAAGAGGUAGAAGACAACCAUCUGCCAUGGGAGUUUUUCAUCCAGUUUGUAAGCAAUAAUAAAAAUAAUAAAAAGGUGGAGAGAGAUGAGAGAAACGAUUAUCAUAUGAGAACAUAUGAGAACCUCUCUACAUGUCACUAUUUUAUUGA